AUGCCUGAAACGUUGGGAGCGAAUUUGGAGGAUCGAUUGAAGGAGAUCGAGAAAGAGCUGAGCGGUCUUGGUAAGGAUGCGUUGGCAAAUAUCAAAGAUGCCUUCGAAAAUCCACAUGAUCAGUCGACAAUCGAACGAGAGCAGAUUGUAGUGGAACGUUCUGAAGCCGACAAGAAACGUGUGAUGAGCGCGUUUGUGAAGCCAGAGCUGACCGCUGAAGAAGCACCACGUGAAUGCGUGGUUUGUUCGAAGAUCGUCUAUCCCGUCGAGCGUGUAUUUGCAAACAAACGUAUCUACCAUAGCACCUGCUUCAAAUGCUCUAAAUGUGCUAAGAAAUUAACGCCAACAAAUUACAAUUCUCAUGAAGGUCAAUUGCUCUGUAAAGUGCACUAUAUGGAGGUAUUCCAUCCAGAACUCGCCAGAACUAUGGAUCCUAGCACAACAGAAGGUGCGUUAGAAAACACUGAUGCAUUCUGGGAAAACUAG